AGGAACCGCGAAGGCUGGCCUCUCCCUCGCCAUCCAAGUUGCCGAGGAGAGUGUGGAACUCCCCCUCGCUCUGCGUAGCUAUGGGGACGAUCUUGCUCUCCGAGGACCCGUCCGAGGCAGCUUCUCAGGGUGUUCCCGCCCCACAUUCCGCCAGUGCCGUUGUUGCCCCCUCCGACGGCUCAACAACGAGCCGAUUCGGUCCAGAAUCGGUGAAGAUUGGGGGAAGUUCGUCGGCGAAUGGUGCUGGUGCUCGUGAGAGCGGCGGCGGUGGCGGCGACGCCCUGGAUUAUGCUGCCGCCGCCGCUAUUCCCCACUCCUGCAUCGGUGUCGUCUCGCGAGAUUCGGAGUUUGUGGUGCAAGGUGGAUCUGCGCUGGGCAAUUUUGCAUGUGUGGGGGAGGCGGAUUCUAAUGGCGGCAUGCAUGAGAACAGGGGCGCGAGUGGGCUCGAAAACGGGGGUGAAUGUGGCCCUCGUGAUAUACAUUUGGUGUGCCCUGAUGUUGUAGGAUUGCAGCCUGUAGCUCUGGUUGACCACGUCGCGCGCGUGGAUUGGUCGCUGCUGGAGUCUGUUCCUGGCGAACGAGGAGGAUCCAUGCGUGUCACGGAGGAGGAGCUGGAUCACAUUCUCCGGGAGGUGAAUUCGCAUUUCUUGAUGAGUGCGAAUGGAGUUGUGGAACAGGGAGUGAAAACCCUAGCCGGUGGAAGCGUGGCCAACACCAUCAGAGGGUUGGCCCAUGGAUUGGGAGUGAAGACGGCUCUUGUGGGAGUCCGCGGCACUGACGAUAGAGGUGAAAUGUUUGCAGAGAACAUGGCCCAUGCUGGGGUGGACCUGUCUCGGUUGCGGGCUGUCCCGGGGUUGACAGCCCAGUGUGCUUGUCUUGUGGAUGCAGAGGGGAAUCGAACCAUGCGGCCAUGCUUCCUCAAUGCUGUCCGUCUGCAAUCGGAAGAGUUGACUGGGGAGGACUUUAAGGGUGCUAAAUGGGUAGUUUUAAACGGAUAUGGUUUUUAUGGCGAGGAUCUCCUUGAACGUGCAGUGGAUCUGUGUAAGGAGGAGGGCGUAAAAGUGUCCAUGGACCUCGCUAGCUUUGAAGUUGUGAGGAAUUUUCGCCCUACUCUUAUGAGGCUGCUCGAAUCUCGCAAAGUCGACCUCGUGUUUGCCAACGAAGACGAAGCUAGGGAGCUUAUCAAGGCGGAACAGAACCCUUGUCCAGAGACGUGCUUGAAUUUCCUGUCAAAGUAUUGCGAGAGAGCAGUGGUAAUGCUGGGCUCUAAAGGUUGCAUUGCUCGUCAUGGCAACGAGACCGUGAGGGUCCCAGCUAUCAAAGAGACGAUUGCGGUCGAUACCACAGGAGCGGGGGACCUAUUUGCCAGCGGGUUUUUGUACGGCGUUUUGAACAAUUUCUCUCUCGAAGACUGCUGUAACAUGGGGUGCUGUACAGGAGGAGCAGUUGUUCGGGGACUUGGAGGCGAGGUAGGGGAGGAAGGAUGGGAGUGGAUGCAACAGCAGCUAAAAUUCAGGAAACUCUCUCUCAUACAACACACCACACGCACAACUUGAUGGUGCCCUCACUCUUAGCUUUGUUCAUGAAUUCUUUUCAGAAUUGAUGUCGAGAACGUGAUCGUGAGAUGGUAUUUCGGCUCAGCCUCGACCACCUCAACCUUUGGCUCUCUUCGUUCUGUAAUGCUUGUUACAGAUGAAUUAUGGUCAGUCCUCUGCGAUUAAUGAUAGUGGCCAAAUCUCCAUUCAGUAUGGAGAUAAUAGGAAACUACUUUUACCACAAGGAUCAAGAUGUCUAGAACCUCAUGAUUUAGCUCUGACAAUGUAAUUUAUCUAAACCUGGUAUUCAUUCUCUUACCUUCAAUAACACCAACCAUUCAUGCAA